UAACAUUAACCUUCGGAAACCUUAAACCUGUUGUGUCGCAGUGUGGUGUUGUUUCAAACACAGAGGACAAUGCGCAAUCUAGCUUCUGCACCUUCUUCCCUCAACUUUCCGAUCUUCCACCCUAACAAGCUUCGUUCCGCUACACUCAACCCUCGCUCCUCCUCCUCCUCCUCCUCCUCCUUAGCGAGGAGAUCUUCCAUUCAAUGCGCUGUUCGAUUCUGCCCCUGCAUCGAUAUCCACAAGGGGAAGGUGAAACAAAUUGUUGGGUCAACCCUUGAAGAUUUGAAAGGGGAUGGUGGGUCAGAACCAGUGACCAAUUUUGAGUCUGAUAAAUCAGCAGCUGAGUAUGCCACUCUUUACAAACAGGAUGGGCUCACCGGCGGUCACGUGAUCAUGCUCGGUGCUGACCCUUUGAGCAAAGCUGCUGCCUUUGAAGCAUUGCAUGCUUAUCCAGGCGGUCUGCAAGUCGGAGGGGGAAUAAAUUCUGACAAUUGUUUGAGUUACAUUGAGGAAGGAGCAAGCCAUGUCAUUGUCACAUCUAUAUCUUUUAUUCCAUCUUUGCAGUAUGUAUUCAACAAUGGACAAAUGGAUCUUGGAAGGCUAAAAGAUCUUGUUCGAAUUGUUGGAAAAGAGAGGCUUGUGUUGGAUCUCAGUUGCAGGAAAAAGGAUGGUAAAUAUGCAAUUGUCACUGAUAGAUGGCAGAAGUUCAGUGAUGUGUCACUUGAUGCUGAAGUUAUGGAAUUUCUUGCCAGCUUUGCUGAUGAGUUUCUGGUUCAUGGUGUUGAUGUUGAAGGGAAGAAGUUGGGAAUUGAUGAAGAGCUUGUGGCUUUGCUUGGAAAACAUUCGCCGAUUCCUGUGACUUAUGCGGGUGGUGUGACUGUAUUGGCUGAUUUAGAAAGGAUAAAAACAGCAGGAAUGGGACGUGUUGAUGUUACUGUUGGCAGUGCCUUGGAUAUUUUUGGGGGAAGCUUGGCCUAUCAAGAGGUUGUAGCCUGGCAUAACCACCAAAAGGCCUCAGUGGUUGAAUCUUGAUGGAAACAUGUUGGGGACAAGGGUGGGUGAGCCAGGGUUUGUUUGAUUCUGACCUUUGUCUCAAUCAUUUAAGUGUCUAUGAAUUUUCUGUAGGUUUUGACGUUUGAGGAAUAAUUGAUUCUGGGAGAAGCUAGAGUAUAUUAUGUUCAUUUGUAAAAGGAAAAGUAACUCUGAGAAGUCUGAUAUUACUCGCCCUGAGAUUCCUAGAACUCAUGUAUAACAAUCUCAUUCAAGUCCUUUUAAUCAUAUUAAGGUUGCAUGGUUUUUACGUUUAAAAUACAA